CACAUGCAAUUGCACUAGGCCAAGAUGCAUUCAGUAAGAACCUAGCACCUACCGCGCUCGCACCAUGGGAAGUCUGGUGGAGUUCCAGAAGCUGCCAUACAAUCCGGCCCCUCCGCUGGAGCCUCAAACGCCGUUGGUCACUCUGGUUCGAGGAGUUCGGAUCUUCGUCAAAGUUCUGCUCUUCGUAGCAAAGCUCAUCCCGCUGCUAACUUAUUUGCUGCUGAGGAAAUUUGUGUGCCGAAAGCCGAAAGAUAUCCGCGGAUGGGUGGCCUUGGUAACUGGAGGAGCAAACGGGUUGGGACGACAGAUCGCAAUCGAGUUGGCCAAGGACGGUUGCCAUGUGGCUGUGGCAGAUCUUGACGAGUACAACGCUAUGAAAACGGUUCUCGAGCUGCGUUACUACGGAGUGAAAGCCGCUGCCUACUGCGUAGAUGUGGCAAAUGCCAACCAGGUGCGAGAUUUGCAACGAAGGGUGGAAGCCGAGAUUGGGCCGGUGGACAUUUUGGUGAAUAACGCCGGAGUGGUACCAUUUCUGGUGUCGGAUGAGUACGUGCCGGAGAAUUUGCAACGGCUGGUAAAUGUUAACAUUUUAGCGAACUUCUAUACCGUGAACACAUUCUUGCCAGGGAUGUACGUCAGGCGGAAGGGUCACAUCGUAACAAUCUGUUCGGCAGCGGCCUACUUGAAUGUAGGAUUGACGCGACACUACACCACCACCAAGUAUGCCAUGCGGGGAUUUAUGGAAGAGCUUCGGGAUGAAAUUCGACUUGCCGGGCAGUCCAAGUGGGUCAAAACGACGGCGAUUUUUCCCUUUCAGUUGAACACGAGGAAGGAGCUGGUGACUGCGGUGCUGAAAAUGCCCUACUUUGCAAAACUCCCCGUCAUCGAACCGAUGGUAGCCGCCCAAUCGAUCGUACGAUCGAUUCGCAUCAACAAACGCAAAGCAUUCGCUCCGGAUUGGUUCGCCGUUAGAUGGGUGGCGUUUGUAGAAGAUAUGCCACGAAAGAUCAAGUACCUCUUUCAAGACCAGUUGCUCAUCGAUUGAGCUGAUGUUUUCCUGUGAGGACUCGCAAGUACAACUCCAUGGAGGUGAUUGGUUUCACGGAUCGUUGUGUCCGAUAGCUUUACGGUUCUUUAUUAUGACGUUCAGUAAAAAUACAAUUUCAAAAAAGCUCUUUAAAACUACUGACUAUACGCGAUA